CACCUUGGAGCGAAGCACAGCACACAGCUAUAAUCACAGACGACAAUGAUCCGCCACGACUACUCCCGUGUCGACUCAAAGCGACGUGCAAACCUAAGCCACAAAAAGAAGCAAUUCGCCAAAGCAGAGUUUCAGGAACAGACCUACGAGCACCGUCUCAACUUCUACGUACUGCCGCCUACGGCGGAGAUCACGCUCGAGGAGUUCGAACAGUGGGCAAUCGAUAGACUGAAGGUUCUGUCCGAGCUUGAAGCAUGCACAUUCCGCAACAAGGGCCCCGAAGAGACCGCCGAGUAUAUGAAGAGCAUACUCGAAAAGUACCUGCCAAUGCGGUCCGGCACAUCGAAGGGCCAACACCUACACGAGGAGAGGAAGAAAGACCACUAUUCACAUUUUAUCCUGCGACUGGCGUUCUCUGCGACAGAAGACCUGCGCAGGCGGUUCUCGAGGCUCGAGACAAUGCUCUUUCAGCUGCGCUUCAAGGAUGAUGAUCACAUUGAGCGACAGAAGUUCGUGAGGAGUCUGAACCUUGAGUGGGAGGAGGUACAAGAGGCAGAGAAGAGGGAGCUGAAGGAAAAGUUGCUGGCUGCGGCUGGUGGAGGCAUGAGAAACCGCGAGGAGCAGGAGUGGUUCAAGGUCGACUGGGAGAGAGUGCCCUUGCUUGUUGAGCAGCGGAGGGUAUUCCUUAAGCGGGGCAAAGCGUACGUGCCGCAGCGAGAGCAGAUGAGCCUGGUGGUUGCCGAGUUCACAAAGACGCUGGACGAGGCAUUGGAGCUCACAUCCCGCGCCCUCCCUCGCCUUGAUGAAGAUGACCGCCUCGCCCCUAUCCUUGCCCAUCUCUCACAGUCCUUCACGGCGCCCGAUGCCGCCUACUCCUCUUCAGACGCCAACAUCGACGGCCUCUCCACCCUAACCGCAAACUCGAUCGACACCCUCUCCCAGAACUUCCCUCUGUGCAUGCGCAACCUCCACACCACAUUGCGCGAGAAUUCCCACCUCAAGCACUUCGGGCGUCUACAAUACACACUGUUCCUCAAAGGCAUCGGUCUGUCACUCGACGAAUGUAUAAUCUUCUGGCGAAGAAGCUUCAAACUGAUGACCGACGACAAAUUCACAAAAGAAUACCGCUACAACAUCCGCCACUCAUACGGCGACGUCGGUGGAGACAGCAAUCGGAGAGGUAGAGGUUAUACUCCCUACUCCUGCCAGAAGUUGUUGACGGAGCCACUCCCUGGACCAGGCCAGACACACGGUUGCCCAUACCGUACAUUCACACCCGACAAUCUCAUCUCUGUUCUACAGCGAGUAGGCGUAAAUGAGAGGGAUGUGCUGAAGACGGUCAGGGAGGAUGUAGGCAAGCAGAGGUACCAUGUUGCGUGUAACAGGGUAUUUGAGUGGAGCCAUAAGAGGGAGAUCAAGAAGGUUAAGGAUGAUGGGAGUUGGAAUGCGACGGAUCUGGAUACUAUUGUGCAUCCUAAUACGUAUUUCAAGAGAAGUUGGCUGCUGAAGCAUUUGGGUGAAGGGAAUGCUGGGAUAGUUAACGGGGGAUCGGGGGAUACGAUGGAGGAGUAGGAAUUGUUCGUGUAUAUGGCCUAAAAUAUGGUUAGCAUGGGUUGGUUGGAUGUCUGGACUGGCGAAGGUGUUUGGAGUACAUUCGCAUUGAUGGGCUGGAAUUCGGCAGGUGUAGGCCUGUGAUCUGUGGAAUCCGUCGCAUUAAUGUUGAUCAUUGCAUUCAUGGCUGUCGUAUAUAUUGCUUACUUCCUCCAUCUUAACUAUUGAGCCAUUGCGACUGUGCGGUGUUGUACCGUACAUGCGCACCGAAAGGGUUGGGU